AUGUCAAAAGUCAAUGGAGGAAUUCGUACAAAGAAUGCACGCGAAAUUUAUGUUGAACAAUUACCACAUGGUCAAGGUUUGACACCAUAUAUGAAUAGAAAACGAAAACCGUUGACACAUUUGAAUUCAUUUGAUGAUACAGAUCUUGCUUAUCGAAGUGCAUCAGGUUAUUUACGAGAUAUGUUUGAACAAAAUUCAUUAGCACCAAAUGAAAUGAUUUCUGAAAGAGAUAUACCACGUACAAAAACUGCAAGUGAAUUAACAUUUAAAUCUAAUACAAGUCGAUCAACAAGUGGAAAUCCAAAAUAUAAAGCACAAGAAGAUUAUUAUGAUGAAAUACAAUCAUUAAAAAAAGUUCUUAUUUUAAUUAUAAUUUUUGAUUGA